AUGGCUGCCACGAGCCAAGACUGGCCAAGCGCGUGUCCCUAUCCGAUCCGCUGCCCUACGCAAAUGAGGUUUGUGAGAAUCGCGGUUACAUACGACAGGAACAAGAACUCUAGAACAAGUGCUGCAACUGAACUGGUUAUGGAAGCUAUGGUGAUACUCAAUGCAGGACAUUCAUUCCUUUUCCAACCUGAACCAAAACACAUGUUACUGGAACGUGAUUGA